UCCGGCGACAGUCGGUCCAAACGUUGCUCUCUAAACCAGUGGCACACACCUAACGGGGAGGACUCACACCACGAGAAUGUCGGAAUUCGACAGCAACCCGUUCGCGGAGCCCAGCUUCAAGAACCCGCUCCAGGAUCCGUCAGUGAGCCAAGCGAGACAGACGGCUCCUCCUGGGCUGGAGGAGUACAACCCCUUCACAGAAGCCAAACCAGCGCCUGCAGGGAUGGCACCCAAGACUGCUGCGCCCACUAUCAACACACAACCCGCCAUCAUGAAACCAACAGAGGAGCCUCCGGCCUACUCGCAGCCUCAGGCACAGGAGCAGACGCGGGCAGCUGCGGAACUCUUGAGGCGACAGGAGGAGCUGGAACAGAAAGCUGCGGAGCUGGACCGCCGGGAGAGAGAAAUGCAGUCACUCAGUGCUUCAGGAGGCAGGAAAAACAACUGGCCUCCUCUCCCAGAGAAGUUCCCUAUGGGUCCAUGUUUCUACCACGACAUCAGCGUGGACAUUCCUGUAGAGUUUCAGAAGACAGUCAAGAUCAUGUACUACCUCUGGAUGUUUCAUACCGGGACGCUGCUCAUUAACAUGUUCGGCUGUCUGGCCUGGUUCUGUGUGGAUGCGUCGCGUGGGGUGGACUUCGGCUUGGCCAUCCUCUGGUUCAUGCUCUUCACGCCCUGCUCUUUCGUCUGUUGGUACCGACCACUCUAUGGAGCCUUCAGGAGUGACAGCUCAUUUAGAUUUUUCAUUUUCUUCUUCGUGUACAUCUGUCAGUUUGGAAUCUACGUCCUCCAGUGUAUCGGCAUCUCUGGCUGGGGCGCCUGUGGGUGGAUCUCGGCUUUGAUGUGCCUGAAUAGCAGCAUCCCAGUGGGCAUUAUCCUGAUCCUCAUCGCUGGUCUCUUUACCUCACUGGCCGUCAUGUCCCUCAUCAUGUUCAAAAAGGUCCAUGGGAUGUACCGUACCACGGACGCCAGCUUCGAGAAGGCCCAGCAGGAGUUUGCCACCGGCGUCAUGUCCAACAAGACGGUCCAGACAGCCGCCGCUAAUGCCGCCUCCAGGGCCGCGCAGGAAAGCUUCAAGGCGCAGGUCUGAUCGGCCCCAUAGGGCACGCUCAACUCUCUGUCCAACACUCACCCAUCUGCCCCUCCUCCUCUUCUGCUCACAAAUGCAGCCCCCAGCUUCCCUUGAGCCAAGUGGCCUGUUUGAACACAUGGAGAGCCCCUCCCCCCCCAGCCUGCUGACACUGUCAGAGUGGUUCAUGUGAGGGUGCCGCAGUCACCCCAUGAUCUGUGAUCUGAGAGAAAACCACUACUGGGAUGAUUCGAACCGGCUAAUUGCUCCAGCGACAACAUCACACACACUCAUCUCUGACUCUGGGAUCCCCUAAUCGACGCUGCACUCACACCACUCAACCAGCAGGCUCUACUAUAUUUUUGUAUGUUUGUUGUGUGCGUGUGUGUAUGUGUGUGGCCAACUUAAUGAUUGUUUGUUUGCUUAUAUAAACGUCUGUACAGCCUUGAGGCCUGUGUGUAGACUGAUUGUAAUGUAGAUUGAACCAAGUCCGACUCUGGAGUUACUCGGGCAUUUCUCAGCCGUCUUUGAAGCUCCGUGUGUUUCUUUAAUUUAUCAACCUAAUCACUUCUUCCUGUUUUUUAAAUUAAUUUAUUAUCGGACAAGUAGAAGUCAUGCAGCGCUCUCUAGCUGUCGGUGAAUGCUCAUGCAACAGAAAUCUGCGAUUUAUUUUGCUGGGGUACAUCAUUUGUCACUGCUGCCCCCCGGUGGAGGGAUUUUGUAUUGUCAAAGCUGAAUGCUGUGCAUUCCAGUUCACUACCUUGCCUUCUGCUUUCUGUUUGCUUGAGUCAGAAUUGGAUUUUUAGAAGGUCUGUAGUCUCUCUCCUUUUAAAGAGAUACUUCAACUGAAGUCUCAUCUGUUAAGUAUCAAACACUCACUCCUGCCGAUUGUAGGGAUAAUGUUUUUUUUCUCCGUAUCAAGGGUCGCGCCAAUUAUUAUUCGGAUUAAUAAAUUCAUUGAUUGUGUAUUUCUGUUGGUGAGGAGUAGAUACAUGAUUUCUCGUAAAGUAAAUUCAAAGUGUUUGGUUUGUCCACGGUUAUGCUCUAAGUUUCUUUAAUUUUUUUAACCAUCGGAAUUACAACCAAUCAGAGCGUUUGAUACUUAGACGCUGUUUUUAUUUUAGGUGGAAUAUUACUUUAAAGUUUGCUCUCCAGUAUCUCUGUUUUCUUUAAAUCUAUUGCCUAUACUGAUCUUCAUAUCCACAGUGAAAUCCCACAGAGUUGCACUUUAAAUCCAGUCAUUAUAUUGUUUAUAAAAUCGGUGCAAUGAAUUGAUAUUUAUUUCAAUGGCCUCACGCCAUCCUUCUCAUUCGUGUAAUUCAUACGUUCUAACAUGCACCAGCUGAGUUCAGCAUAGUUUCUCAUGGAGCCUACAACACACACUGUUGUGAAUAUACAGCUGCAUGUUUAUACAGUCUCUUUGAGAGGAACGUUCCAUUCUUCUCCAGCUUUUCGUGUGUUCUGGAGAUUUACCUCAGUUGUACUCAGGAUGUGCUCGUCACUUGCAUGACAAGGAUAAAAGUCAAUUAUACCAGGCCGUACAGAACUACAGACACUAACACCUAGAUUUAAAUACAUGUGCUGUAAAUAAAUAUGUUGCAAUGAAAAAAUUAUUAAAAAGAACACUAACAUUGUCAGUAAAUUUCCUGUGAUGUUCUAAUGAUUGCUUGCUUAUUAAUAACUGGAGAACUGUGGAUUGAAUAAACCACAAGCAGAUGCACAAUCACAUCUACAGAUGAGGUCAUUCGUUUUAAUUACCAGUUUGUGGUCAUUAAUAAUGUUCAAAUGCAUUUUACCUGCAAAAAUGUCUUAGAGCCAGUAAGUGGAAUUUAGGAACUGGGAAGCAGCUUUUCACCAUUUCUUAUUUCUUUCUGUUGCAUCGCGUGUUAAAGCCAGUUAAGCCUUUUGUGAGUAUGUGACGUGUAGGAGUGUAAAUAGAGGGACUGUGGAGCCUAAUAUUUGUCAAGGGCAGAGUACGGAUCCUUCUUCCUGGAGAGGAGCCAUUUUUUUAAUUCGAACUAUCAACUUAUCCUCCGAGGCUGCAACAUGCCUUCUUCCCUCGACCCCUUUUUGCUGUUUUUAUUUCACAUCGGCUUAAUUUGGACCAGUACAUUUCUUUCUGCCUAAGCACAUGCAUGUACAAAGCAUCAUGAGAUUGUUCUUUAAAGAGAUUCCUGCUGAUUUCUGACUGUAAAAACUUUCUGGCUUAAAACAAACAAACAACACAUGUGAAGAAGGCGACAGGUCGACUGUGAUGGGAACUGUGGGAUGGGACUGUGGCUUUAAACUGUGCUAAUGAUCAAGGUUUGUGUUGGAAACAGUGAGAACAAAAAUAAAACCUUUUUCCAGCUUCUCUUAAAUUUAAAUAAAAGGAUUCAGGAGUGUUAUUAUUCAGAAACAUACUAUGGGAUGUUUGUAUAUUUUGUCUGAUUUACUGAUGGUCGGCAGUUUGCUCUAAAUUUGUGUUUGAUUUAAAGGUGCACUCUGGUUUCUCCUUCAGUCGCAUGUUGAGCAGUGGAGUUUUGUAUAUUUACUGUAUAAGCACUGAAUAAAAGUCUUCUUCUGUAA